AUGAUGAUGUUACACAUUCAUGGUCGACAAUGGGAAGGCAAGGAUCCAAAUGGCCAUCAUCGUGACUGGCAACUGUUGAUAAAAAUUCUGGGGUAUCGGCAGUUGUAUCCAUCUUCUGAUGUUCUUACCGUCCCUGUUGAGAUAUAUGGCAUUGGGAGGAGAGUAUGGAAGGGGAAAGAAGACCAAGAGGAAGCAAAAGAAGAGUUAAUGGAAUACUUGAAGACCCUUGAAGAAGAGCUGGGAAACAAGCUUUACUUUGGGGGAGAGACCAUCGGGCUGGUGGAUGUGGCCCUUGUACCUUUCACCCCUUGGUUUUAUACUUACGAGACCUGUGGGAAUUUCAGCAUAGAGGCAGGGUGCCCCAAGCUUGUUGCAUGGGCCAAUAGGUGCAAGCAGAAUCAUCAAAGUGUGGCUAAUGCACUCCCUCAUCCCCACCAGAUUUAUGAUUACCUAGUGCAGCUCAAGAAGGGGCUCGGAUUGGCAUAA